GGAAACUUUAUUGCGUGUAAAAUGGACUUAAUGUGGCAGGAGCUGUGGGCUUAAUUUCUUGAGAUAAGAUGCUUUUAGGCUAAUCAGAGGGUCUGCGGGGCCUGGAUAUAAAGGAGGCAGGGUGGGCAGAAGUCACUGAGGCAAGCUCCGCCGGGCCAGAGCAAGAGGAAGAGACCCGCUGCCCUUCUGGGAGCCUGGAAAGGACAACUGGUAAGAGAGCAGCUGGGACAGGGGCGCUGGAGGGAGGUGGCCCUGGGACCCCAAGGGGCUCAGCACCCUGGCACCCCAUUGCUUUUCCUCCCCAUAGGAAAUAAGACGGGGGUGCGGAUGGCCCUUUUAGCCCAGGUGACGAAGGCAGGGUGGCGAGGUCUUGCAGCCGCACACGUCUAGCCUCGCUUUGGUUUUGAGGGCCUGGGAGGAAGGUGACUUACUGUUCUUCCUGAAUGGAUGACCCCCACGCCCCUGCCCCGGACGAAGCCAGGGGCCAGGCCUGGGUAGAGUGGUCAGACCUCAGAAAGAACUUCCCUGGGCGGAGAGAGUGAGGUCGGAGAAGGCAGAAGGGGAUGGCUCCUCGUGUGGUUUUCACUUCGGGCGAGAGGGUUGUGAUGAUUUAGGUGACAAGCCCGUUUGAGAGCCGGGAGGCUGGCUGGUAUGAACUCUGGAGGGCUCCAAGGGGAGAAUCCUGCCAAACCACAUGCCUAUGAUGUCUAGCCACGGAGCCGGGAAGGGGGGCUGUCCAGGCACACAGGUCCCGCUGCUUUCUCCUGCCUGGAGCACCCCCCACCCCCCGCCCCUCAGACUCCACUUAAACACAAAACAAAAAGAAGGCUCACCUCUCGGCCAGACUCCUUGUUCCUUCUAGUUACUACCUGUACUGCCCAUGCCCGCCCCACCCUCCCUAAGAUCCCGCUCCGGCCUCUUAGAAAAACUCCAAGCCACAGGACUCCGUGCCCCCCAGCUUUCAGCACCCCCACGGCUCUGAGGCAUGCUGACUGCUCCCUCACACCGUGCUCCCCCCUCAUCCUCCUCCUGCUCUCUCUUAGCUCAGGAAUAACCCUUGGAAGACGGUGGCCAUGAAGAUCUCUCUGCUGCUGGUGUCCCUGCUCCUGGCAGCGGUGCUAGGAGACAAGGAAGAGAGUCGGUUUCUCUCUCUCCCCUCCCUGGCCCUCAGAGUCCACGCGAAGGUCAGAGGCUCUACACCUCGCGGCCGCAGGUAUGCCGAGGGGACUUUCAUCAGUGACUACAGCAUCGCCAUGGACAAGAUCCGCCAACAAGACUUUGUGGACUGGCUGCUGGCACAGAAGGGGAAGAAGAAUGACUGGAAACACAACAUCACUCAGAGGGAGGCCCAGGCCCUAGAGCUGGCCCAUCAAUCUAACAGGAAGAAGGCGGCCAGGGAGCAGCAGGGCUCCCUACCCAUGAAGCCCGGUGAUGAAGAUCUGCUGAAGGACUUACUGAUUCAAGAGCUGCUGGCCUGGAUGGUGGAUCACACGGAGCUCUGCAGGCUCAGGUGGCAGGGACGGGAGGCUUUAGGAGUCUUGCGUACUGGUUGUAAGCUUGAGUAUUGGGGUCCGACACAGGUUCAAAUCUUCAUCCCAACAUAUGCUGGCCAAUUCUCAGACUCUCUGAACUUCGUUGUUUUCAUGAAAAUCGGGACUAUUUAAACCACUUCAUGGGG